AUGUCUGGGUUUGACAUCUUCCGAUUGGCGGACCGACCGCUACCGAACCGCAGCACGAACUUCAACUACGCCAUCUACGUCCCAGACGCGGGCAGUAUCGCUCCGGUAGAUUUCGUGGAACAGCUUUGCGGACUGGUAUCUUUCGGCGCGUGCGGAAGACAAGGAAAUGCGUUGUACUGUGCAAUUUGCUUCAAGUCGAAAGUUGGCUAUCACCGCGUCUGCAAGUCGGUCGAGAGUAUCUUUCCCGACAUUGAGUUUGUCGUCAAAAGCCCGAUGAAACUGAAACCGUUGGGGUACAUCGAUGCCAUACGCAAUGAUUGUGAGAUUAUGAUCGUGUACGAAGGAGGCAUCAUUGUGGAGGGAAGAGACAAGGAGGAAGAACAAUCACAGGAAGAGCAAGAAGAACCAGUUCAACUUAAAGAAGAGUCCAUUGUGCCAACAGGGAGGAAAAGGAGACGAAAACAGGACAAGCGCCUGGUGCACAGACAGCCACCCCCUGAAGAAGAAGGAGGACUUGUUAUAGAUGAAGGUUUGGAGGAGUACUACACAACAAAUGAUCAACAAAAUGUGCCAAGUUAUGGAAAAGAUUCUUACCCUUCUGCGGAGCCAGCAAAAACAUGGACGCCAAAACAGAGUAGACAAGACAUUGUGGAAGGAGCUAAAGGAAAUACAGCAUCUCAACUUGGAGGGAGUCAUUUUGGAGGAAAAGGGUGGAUCCCGAUAGCCCCAAAGUCGGCGUUGCCCCGUGUUGGAGACUCUAGUUUGCUAGCCAGUGCAAACAUUACCAUUGGAAUGAUCCAGAAUCCGGAUAGAACCAGUCAGGAAGCCAUCUAUGGCGAAUCGGAAGUGUGGUCGGUUGCGCCGGUUGGUUCAAGGGAUGUGAAGUUACCGUCACAGUUGCACGACGCCAAUUUUUCCGAGGGGUAUCGCUGCGAAAUCUGUCUCGCGUGGUUCAAGACUUUACGAAUGCGGUCGAGUCAUAUUACGAGCUGUCGGUACAAGUACGGUCUAGCACGAGACGGGAGAACCUUCGACGUGCGACAGAGACACCUCACAAAAACCGGGCGCGGGAAUCAUCAAGACGACGGAGAAAGUCUACUCAAGAAGGAAUACAAGUGUGAACUGUGUGGCAAGUCGUUUGACAGGCUUCGGAUUCGAUCCAGUCACAUGAAAAGUUGCAGAGAGAAAGGCGACCGUGCCAACGAAGUGUGGAACAAACAGUACAGAGGAAAGAAACGAGGAAGGAAGGGGAAGAAAGCCAUGAAGGUCCGGGAACUUCUUAAAGAACUCAUGGAGGCUAAGGACGAUGGUUCAGAGGGUUCUUCAAAACAAGAGCUUGAAGUUAAAGAUGAUAAAGUUGAAGAAGACAGUGAGGAAGAAAGUAAACCGAAGACAAAACAUUCCCCUGAAGGAAAAAACACUGAAAACAUGACAGAAGAUGGAAAUGUGCAAGGAGUGAUGGGAAAUAAGCCAGACAAAGAUACCAAUGAACAAGGUAAUGCAAUAUCAGACAUCAGUGAACAAGGUAACACACAUAGAACCGGCAUGGAGCAAGGCAUGGCAGGUGCAACAGUAGGAAAAGUUGACGAAAAUUGCUCGGAUGAAAAAAGUGUGCGAGAAAACAACAGAAACGUCCAAUGA